AUGCCGUCCCGCAACUCCACCCUGCCCAAUCUCGACCUCAAGUCGCUCAAGGUGGACUUUACUAACGGGAAAUUGACCACCCCUCUCUCCCCAGGGGCCCAGAGCUCCGAUGGACUCAGUCCCUUGACCCCGCGCUCGCCCAACACCGCCUCGAGCUCUCCGUUCCUCAAGGGCGCUACCAUUCGUCCCGUUACCCAGGACUCCAGCAGCAAGUCCACCAGCCCGGUCAUUCCACCGAAAUCGCCUGGUCUUUCGGCCACCGAACUCGGCCCCGAGCCCUCUACACCUGGUCUGACGGCCAUUCCUCAAUAUUUCCCUUCUCAGAAAGACUCGAAGUCUUCACACACCCGCGACGCAUCUAAAUCAUUCUUCAGCACUCUAAAAGCACCCAAGUCGUCCCACCGCGCACAGCGAUCAGACAGCUCGGAGAACUCCACCGAACCCCCCAAGAGCCGAGGUAGCUCGAGGGACCGGAAGACGGCACCGAAGUUCCAUGAGUCGACCCCUGACUUGCCUGGCGCCCUAGCCAAGGCAGGUGAGAGUGACAAGAACGCAAACGGUUCCAGCGACAAGACCACCAAACCAACGGGCCCUAAGAAGACCACUACCGAGGUGGAUCCAGCUCCAUUCAAGAAGAGCAAGCCGCGAUUCGCAAACCUUUUGACCCGAUCGCGAUCUAUUCGAGUUGAUGAAUCAUCUGGAAAUCGAGCUGCUGGUCGACGACCGUCUACUGGUCUGGCGAAGUUGGAGGAAUUCAAUUCUCCACAGGCAUCAAGCGCAUCGCGCUCUGCUACCCUUCGCCCGGAGCGCCCUGCUGAAGGGGGACUGCAUCCACCCUCACGACACGCAGAUGCUGCGUCUGUCAGAAAGGAGAAGGGUCAUGGUGGGUCCAUGGUGAAUUCUGCCUCAUUGAGCCAGGUUUCUGGUGCCUCGGCUGCCAUCUUCAACAAUCUGAAACAGUCCUCAAGCGGGGCCGCCGAUCGUAUUGGCAAGGCAGGCAAGGGCUUCUUCGGCAAAAUCACUAGGAGUGGUAGCACGAAUGAGCGGGAGCUGAUCAACGAUGACAACUAUGUGUGCUCCGUGAUCAACCUUCCCCUCAUCGAGCAGGCCAGGAAGACCCGUAUUGCCAAGAAGCUGGACGGUUGCAGAGACAAGACCGAGUUUUGGAUGCCCGCACUUCCCUACCGCUGCAUCGAUUACCUUAACUACAAGGGCUGCGAGGAAGAGGGUCUCUACCGAGUACCAGGCAGCGGCCGUGAGGUGAAACAUUGGCAGAGGCGGUUCGAUUCACAAUUAGACGUCAGCCUCUUCGAUGUACCAGACCUUUACGAUAUCAACACGGUUGGAUCGUUGUUCAAGGCCUGGCUCCGCGAACUGCCAGACGAGCUCUUCCCCAAAGCCACACAGGACAUGAUCGCCGAGAAGUGUGAGGGCGCUACCACCGCUCCGCAACUGCUCAAGGAUGAGCUGUCCAAACUUCCACCCUACAACUACUACCUUCUCUUCGCCAUCACUUGCCACCUCAAUCUCCUCCACUCAUACGUCGACCAGAACAAAAUGGACUACCGCAAUCUCUGCAUCUGUUUCCAGCCUUGCAUGAAGAUUGAUGCUUUCUGCUUCCAAUUCUUGGUCUGUGACUGGAAGAACUGCUGGCAGGGUUGCUGGACUGAGAAGGAAUACAUUCAGAAGGAGAAGGAGAUGGAUGAGCUGGAGAGGAAGGCAGCGGAAGAGAAGGAUGUCAAGGUCCUGGUCGAGCCAUCCCAGUCCUCAUCCAAACACGAACGCGCCGUCUCGUCCGGUUCCAGCUCUCGGUCAGAGGAAGAAAAGCCUCGCCCAGAGACGUCCCGUGGCCGAAAGGCUAAGCCGAAGAACAUUGAAACCGCACACACUCGAAGCAUCUCCCAACUUCCGGAGCUUGGCCCGCCUCUCUCACCUAUUAAGAUCUAG